CGGGCUCUCAAGAAUGGCAGGUCAACAUCAGCAAGCUGCUCUGGAAUCCUUGAGCUUGACUCAUAUUCUCUAUGACCCUGAUGAUCCUGUGGGACGGAUAUUCGCUCUGCUCGCGCUCAGUCCGAUGAUUCUCGUUUCUAUGUACACGAUCGUGGUUCUCCUGAGACGAGAACUGUUAAUAUCGACCAUGUUUGCUGGACAGCUGGGCUGUGAAGCGUUUAGCUGGAUGCUCAAGCGAAUGUUCAAAAGAGAACGACCAAUAGAUUAUGUUGGCACGGGAUAUGGAUUCCCGUCAUCUCACAGCCAAUUCAUGGGCUAUUUUGUGACCUUCUUCCUUCUGCAUUUGUGGUUUCGGGAAACAUCCAUGGAGCGAUUGCAGGAUCCAUUAUCCAAAGUCAGGAAAAUGAUCCUCUAUAUCGGCGUACCGAUAUGGGGAGCCGCAGUAUGCUAUUCACGAUUUCAUCUCACCUAUCACACAGUAUCCCAAGUCGUCGUCGGUGCGACUAUUGGCAUCGCGAUCGGCGCAGGUUGGUAUCUCCUCGUCGAGGCUAUCCCUGUGUUCUACCCAUCAUCCUUACUUGGUCAAUGGAGAACAUGGUUUCUUGAGUCUGAUGUCGCCUCACGAUUCCGGAUAAGAGACAGCUGGGCCGUAUGGCCCGAUGGUGGGACCGACGCAGAAUGGGGAGUAUGGAAGAUAGAAUGGGACAGGAGCAGACGGGAAAAGAAGAAUCAAUGAUGUUGCUGAUUUGAUACGUAUGUUGAUGGAUUCAAAGUAACAU